UUUCUCCAUUUCUGUUUAACAAUCAAUUCAUCCAACAUGGCUACUGAUGAGAGAGCAGGGGCUGAAAUUAUUCGUGGAAAGGAAGCCUGUGAUCGAUUUUCGUCGGAGCUGAUGAAAGAGAUAGGAUUUCCUAGUGGUGUUCUUCCCACAGGAGACCUGGUGGAAUGUGGGAGGGUGAGAUCCACGGGUUUCGUGUGGUGGAAAUGCAAAGCCCCCUAUGAACACUUCAAUGUGGCGACCAACACCAAGAACAGCUAUGCUGCUGAGACCACAGCGUAUGUGGAGAAGGGAAGGAUGAAGAAGAUGACAGGUUGCAAGGCCAAGCAGCUGAUGUUGUGGGUUCCUGUAGCUGAAAUGUACCUCGAUGGUAACAAGAUUUCAUUUAAGUCAUCCAUGGGUGUCGGCAAGUCCUUCCCCCUCCUCUCUUUUAUGAAUGAAGAAGAAAAGAAGGCUUAUCUCGAAGAAAAUGAUGCAGCAAAUUAAUCAAUACUCUACCUUCCUUCUUCCUUCAGUAGUGACUAGUCACGAUAAGUCCCUGAAGGUCCUUAUCAUUCCCGUACCCUAUCAGCAGCUAUAUGUAUUGAGUUCCUUAUGUAUGUGCUUUGUAUUCCUGCAUCCUUCCUUACUUGAUGACCCAAUAAUAUUUCAUGUACUAUAUUAUUUAAAACCA